UUGAAAUGUAUACCGGCUAAGCCCGCACAGACGAUGCUCAGUUGUUCGUCUCGGACCUUCGAAGUUGUUGUAAUAACGUGUAGCAUCGGCAGCAUUUAUCGGUUUUCUUCCUAUGAACACUCUUUUAAUAAUUGUUAAGUAUUUUGAGGUAGUUUUCUAACCCAAAACCAUGGCUGAUUUUAUCGACUCGGAAGCUGAAGAAAGUGAGGAGGAGGAGGAAUUGACAGAAAAGGAAAAAUCAAAACUUAAAAAGAUGAAAGCUGCGGCUGUCGAUAGUGAUGAUGACGAAGAAGAAGAUGAUGAACAAAUGCAAGAGGAAUUAGGGGACUUGAUUGACGACAACCCAAUUGAAGACGAUAGUAGCAGCAGUGGAAGUGAUAAUGAAACCUCUGGUGGUACCAAAAGAAAAAGAGACGAUGAUGACGAUGAAUUGGAUGACCGACUCAGUGAAGAGGAUUUUGAGCUCAUUGAAGAAAACUUGGGCAUCAAAAUGAAGCGUAAGAAAACUUUUGUCAGAGUCAAAAGGAUUGUUGACGAUGAAUCUGAUGAAGAAGGACAAGAAAGAGGGAGAGAUGCUAUUGCAAAUGAGCUAUUUGAGGGUUCAGAUGGAGAAGAUAGCAGAAGAGCUGCCAGUAGAGUCAGACAAGAAAGAGAUGAAGAUGAAAAUUUAGAUAAAUACUCUGAUGAGGAAGAUGAAGACGAGGAAGAUAUUGGUGAUUUCAUCGUAGACGCCGAAGGUCAGCCUAUUCAUGGAAAGAAGAAAAAAAGAAAAGCAAUUUACACUGACGCAGCUUUGCAAGAAGCCCAAGAUAUUUUUGGGGUUGACUUUGAUUACGAAGAUUUCAACCAAGAAGGUGAAGAAUAUGAAGACGAUGAGGAAGAAGAAUAUGAGGAUGAAGAAGGAAUAAGGAAGACUCGCAAAAAGACUGGUGUUGUUGUGAAAAAGAAGUCACAACGAAAAACUAUCUACGAUGUCUACGAACCUAGUGAACUUGAACGGGGUCAUUUUACUGAUUUCGACGAAAAGAUUCGAAAAACUGAUAUGCCAGAACGCAUGCAACUCCGAAACGUUCCAAUUACUUCUGUCGAAGAAGGUUCUGCCGAAUUGGACUUAGAAGCCGAGUGGAUUUACAAGCAUGCUUUUUCCAAAGCGUCCAUUUCAAAUCAGGACGGUACCGCAGAUGGACGGGAAAAGGUGAUUAAGGGACCUCAGACUGUCGAAAAGAUUCGUAAAGCUCUUGAAUUCAUUCGCAAUCAACACUUCGAAGUUCCUUUUAUAGCCUUCUAUCGUAAAGAAUACGUCCUACCAGAAUUGAGCGUAAAUGACCUUUGGAGAGUUUACAAGUUUGAUGAAAAAUGGACCCAACUGCAGACACGUAAAAAAAACAUGAUGCGACUCUUCAAGAAAAUGCAAAAAUACCAAUCGGAGAAGCUUACGCAAAAUUUGACAGAAUCUAUUCCUGAGAACGUGCGUGUUCUUAAAGAUGAAGACACAGAUAGAUUGAGAAUGGUCCAAUCCAUUGAAGAGUUGAGCGACGUUUACAAUCACUUCACCCUCUAUUACGGCAAUGAUGUACCUGCCAUGCAAGAAGAACAUCGUCGAAGGGCAAGAGAAGAAGCCAAAGAACGGCGAAGCUCAGCAGCCAGGCGAAGAUUGAACGAAGACGGUGAACCUAUGGAUGUCGACGAUUUGGGUGAAGAUUUGCGCGACCCAGAUGAUGUGAAUGUCGACGAGGAAUCUUCAAUCAAACAAGCUAAGCGAAGUGACUUGUACUCUCUUUGCGCCAGAGCUGGUCUUGAUGGCUUGCUAAGGAAAUACGGUUUAUCUCCGGAGCAGUUCGCCGAGAACAUGCGCGACAAUUACCAACGACACGAAGUUGAUCAAACCUCAACAGAGCCGUUCGAUGUUGCCCUCGAAUAUGUCUCGCCCAAAUUUCCGACUGCUACUGAAGUUCUCAAAGCGGCAAACUACAUGUUGGCUGUACAAAUCGCUAAAGAACCUUUGGUUCGUCAGUGCGUCCGUGAAUCCUUCUUUGAACGCGCUCGUAUUGAUGUCAUCCCUACGAAGCAAGGUUUGAAGGAAAUCGACGAGAAUCACAACCUUUAUCCCAUCAAAUUCCUUAAAGAUAAGCCGGUGCGCGAUUUAGUCGAUGAUCAAUUCCUCCGACUGGUGGUCGCUGAGCAAGACAAGUUGCUAACCAUUGUCUUCCAAACGAAAAUUGAAGGAGCCACUACUGCCAGUUACGUUGACGAGAUAAAGGCACUAUUUACCCGGGACGAAUUCAGCAAACUUGUACAGGAAUGGAAUGAUCUGCGUAAUGAGAUUAUCGAUCUUGCCCUCAGUAAAUUUGUGUUCCCAGCGCUGGUCAAAGAACUCAAGGCAAAGCUGUUGAACGAAGCCCGAGAAUUUGUUAUGAGAGCAUGCUGCCAACAAUUAUACAACUGGCUCAAGGUUGCCCCUUACAAAGUCGACUUCGAUGACGAAGAGGAUUGGGACACAAAAAAUGGUAUCAGAGUCAUGGGUCUCAGCUAUGUAGCAGAUCUCGAUCAAGCAGCUUUUGGUUGUUUGAUCAACGUCGAUGGUGAGUGUUCCGAUCACAUUCGUCUGGAACACAUUCUGAAGCGCAAAAAUGCUUGGAAGGAGAUGGAUCGUACCGGCAAAGAGAGGGACCUCAAUAUGUUAAGGAAUUUUAUCUUCAGUAAGAAGCCACAUGUGAUCGCCGUGAGUGCUGAGUCUCGAGAAGCCACGAUGCUGGUUGAAGAUUUGCGAGCAAUAACUGCUCAGCUAGUCGAGGAUGAACAGUGGCCAACGAUCAAUGUCGAACUUGUGGAUAACAGUUUGGCUAAAGUGUUUGCAAAUUCGACUCGGGCAGAAACCGAAUUCCGUGAAUAUCCGCUGUUGUUGCGCGAAGCCAUCAGCAUUGCCAGAGGCUUACAGGACCCUCUUAUUGAAUACUCUCAACUGUGCAACACCGACGAAGAAAUCGUCUGUCUUAAAUAUCAUUCUAUGCAAGAUCAACUAUCCAAAGAAGAACUUUUGGAAGGCCUCUAUCUUGAAUUUGUGAACCGAACAAAUGAAGUUGGUGUUGACAUCAAUCGCGCCAUUAACUACCCGCACACGGCCAAUUUAGUGCAGUUCAUAUGCGGUCUCGGACCAAGAAAAGGUCAAGCUUUGAUCAAAAUCCUGAAGCAAAACAACCAGAGACUAGAAAAUCGAACCCAGUUGGUUACUGCUUGUCACAUGGGUCCAAAGGUUUUCAUAAACUGCGCUGGUUUCAUUAAAAUUGACACAAAUUCGCUGGGGGACAGUACCGAGUCGUACGUCGAAGUGCUAGAUGGUUCUCGUGUCCAUCCGGAAACCUACGAAUGGGCCCGUAAAAUGGCUGUUGAUGCUCUUGAGUACGAUGAUGAAGAUGCCAACCCUGCUGGUGCUGUUGAAGAGAUUCUCGAAGCUCCCGAGCGACUGAAAGAUUUAGAUUUGGAUGCCUUUGCUGAUGAGCUGGAGAGACAAGGUUUCGGCAACAAACGAAUUACUUUGUAUGACAUUCGAUCUGAACUAAACCAUCGCUACAAGGAUGGUCGGCCGUCAUAUCAGCAACCAUCACCUGAAGAUAUCUUCAACAUGGUUACCAAAGAAACUCCGCAAACCUUUUUCAUCGGCAAACUGGUCUUGGCAACCGUCACAGGCUUCCAACAUCGUAAACCCAAGCGAGAAGAACUGGACAGAGCCAAUCCAAACAGAAACGAUACUACUGGCUUGUGGCAAUGCCCGUUUUGUCUGCAGAAUGAUUUCACUGAUCUGUCAGAAGUUUGGAAUCAUUUUGAUGCUGGAUCUUGCAGUGGUCAGGCGAUCGGUGUUCGUAUCCGCUUGGAGAAUGGACUGUCUGGAUUUCUUCCAAUGAAGUGCCUCUCUGAUUCUGAAGUAACGAAUCCGGAAGAACGUGUCCGUCCAGGACAGACGAUCCAUUGUCGCAUUACUAAGAUCGACGUCGAACGCUUUUCCGUAGUGGCAACAUCUAAAUCUUCCGAUUUGAUGGACAGAAAUGGUGAAUGGCGCCCGCCAAAGGACGCUUACUACGAUACACCAGCCGAAGAAGCUAUCUUAAAGGCAGAAGAGGAUUCCAAAAAGCUCAAGCAUCGUCAAAGCUACACAAAACGUGUUAUUGUUCAUCCUUCUUUCAAGAACAUUGGGUUCAAAGAAGCAGAGAAGCUUAUGACGUCAAUGGAUCAAGGUGAAGUCAUUGUUCGACCAUCCAGCAAAGGAACGAAUCACUUGACAGUCACUUGGAAAGUUGGCGAAGGCAUUUGUCAGCACGUCGACGUCAGAGAAGAAGGCAAAGAAAAUGCUUUCAGCCUCGGCCAAUCUCUUAUGAUCAACGACGAGGAGUUUGAAGAUUUGGACGAAAUCAUUGCUCGUCACAUCAAUCCAAUGGCUGGACACGCCCGAGAUUUGUAUGCCUUCCGCUAUUUCCGCGAUUUAGGCAUUCCAGAAGAGAAUUAUACAGCAGGAAAAGAGCGUGAACGCGCCGACGAAGUGAUCAAGGAUGACAAAAAGAAAAAUCCUGCAAAGAUCCAUUACUUUGUUACGGCUUCACGCGACUUUCCGGGGAAAUUUAUGCUCACCUACUUGCCACGGACAACGUCUAAACAUGAAUAUAUUACUGUCACGCCGGAGGGAUUCCGCUUCCGAGGACAUGUCCACGACAGUUUAGCGUCUCUAUUCCGAUGGUUCAAAGAACAUUUUAGAGAUCCCGUUCCUGGCACUCCUUCAUCGCGUGGUGGUGGCGUCGGCGGCGGCCAUCACGCUAGUUCUUCCCGUACACCCGGCUACGGUGGGACUGGAACUACUCCCAAUGUUAAUCCAGAGACUCUUCAGCGAGUGGCUCAAUCGAUCCCAGCCAAUAUGCUUCACUCCCUUAGUCAGGCUGCACACUUCCAAGGAACACCUACCCCAUUCGGUUAUCCAGCUAACACUCCAUACACACCUUCGGGAACAACUCCGUUUAUGACUCCGUUUGCCACAACCCCACACCAACCUCAAACUCCACGGUAUUCGGGCACACCUGCAACAAACGCCGCUCCUUCGGCAGGGGGUUCUCAGGGCACGUUCAGGACUCCUGCUGCCCCAACUGCUCACAGAGGAUAUGGAUCGCAAAAUCAUGCGUCACCAUUCAACCGUCAAUCUAGUGGAUCUAAUCGACCCAGUUCUCAAAGUUCAUCCAGAGGUGCCGCAACCGAAUCGUGGGAUGCUCCUGUCGAUGAUUGGGGACUGGGAAGCACCGCUAAUGGUUCAAAGACCUCUACAUCUCGUUCUGCAGCACCCGCCAGCAGCGAACCUGAUGACUGGAACGCUGCAACCAACGCCUGGGGUUCCGUUACAUCCAAUCGAACUGCUGCGAAAACGACGCCUAAUACAAGACCUGCAUCAAGUAGUGGCGCCUCUAAUGAUGAUUGGGGAGCUAGCGCUGAUGCGUGGGCAUCGGGCGGAAGUUCAGCUCCUCGUGGAAGAACAACACCAAGUGCAAGCCGAGCAGGAACCAGCACGGAUGAUUGGGGCGCACCCAGCAAAACGCCAACCAGUGGUAACGCUGCUGCGGCGGAUGAUUGGAAUUCCGGCUGGGGAUCUACAUCCAAUCCGUCUACUCCCAAGUCCACUUCUGCUCCCAAAUCUGGAGGUGGUGAUGACUGGGGAGCCAAAGCUGAUGCUUGGGCAAGCUCUAAGGGAAGGACAACUCCAAGCGCUAACAAAGGAGAUGAUUGGGGAGGCUCUACCAGUUCAAGCAGUCCCUGGGCAACUGGCGCAAAUGCUGCUCCCCAAUCAAGAGGUGGAAGAACUUCUUCACGGGGUGGAUCCAGAUCCGGUGCUCCUGCCGUCAGCCAACCCGCUCCAGUCGACGAUUGGGGUAUACCAAGUGAUACACCAGCUGCCCCACCUGCUACAACUACACCUCGUAGCGGUGCAGCAACAUCAUCAGCCAACGACGACUGGGGUUCAGAAGCCGAUGCCUGGGCAUCUGGAACUAGUAGCAAGCCAACAACUCCGAGAGCUGCACCGGCCGCUAGUUCAUCUGGUGGUGGCGGUGAUGAUUGGUCAUCAGCAGCUGAUACCUGGGCCAGUGGAAGCAGCUCCAAGACCACAACGCCUAGUGCCAGCAAAUCGGAUGAUCCAUGGAGCGCCGUAGUUAACAGUGGAGGAUCGUCUUACAGCUCUAGAGGAGGAGGCGGGGGAUCGUAUGGCUCUAGAGGAGGCGCUGGUGGCGGCAGAGGAGGAGGAGGAAGACCCUGCUUUAAUUGCAAUGAAGAAGGUCACAUGUCUAGAGAAUGCCCCAAGCCUUCUACCAGGGGAGGUGGUAGAGGAGGAGGAAGAGGAGGAGGAAGAGGAGGAAGCACUGCGACGUGUUAUAAUUGCAAUGAAGACGGACACAUGUCGAGAGAAUGCCCCAAGCCUUCCACCAGGGGUAGAGGAGGUGGAGGAAGAGGAGGAGGAACCGUGUCCUGUUAUAAUUGUAAUGAAGACGGGCACAUGUCGAGAGAAUGUCCCAAGCCUUCCACCAGGGGUAGAGGAGGAGGAAGAGGAGGAGGUAGCGGUGGUGGAAGGAAUACUUGCUUUAAGUGUAAUGAAGAAGGGCACAUGUCAAGAGAUUGUCCCAAUGGAGGCAGUAGCGGGGGAGGCAGUCGCUCCCGAUCCAGUACCGCGCUUGCCGAUGAUGAUUGGGGAACACCUUCCGCCACCAGCAGCAGCAGUCCAUGGGCUACGGGUGCUAAUGCAGCUCCUAGAGGCAGAGCAACACCGAGUGCUGGAAAAUCAAAUGAUGAUGACUGGGGAGCUCCAGCACCUCCUCGAGGAGGCAGUAGAUCAACACCAAGUGCCAGCAAGUCAAAUGACGAUGAUUGGGGAGCUCCUGCGCCUCCCGUAGCAGGUGGCAGAGCAACUCCUAGUGCUAGCAAAUCCAACGACGAUGAUUGGGGAGCUGCUGCCGAUUCCUGGUCUUCGGUUACUGGAAAGAGUGGUGGUGGAGAUCGCGGGUCACGAUCUAGUAGAAGUGUUGCACCUUCAGGGGAUUCCUGGGACACUGACGCGACCUCCAAAGCUUCUGCUUCUAGAGGAGAUGAUGAUUGGGGUUCGUCUACCACUGCACCUGGAACAACACCGAGAUCUGGUGAUGGUCGAAGAAGCUCCCGCGCAGGUGGUCGCAGUCCACGACAGAUGGAAAUGGGUGAUGCCACUCCACUCUACGACGAGUGACGUGCUAAUAAUUAACCCCUAACGUUGAAUUUUCUCUGUUCCCUUUGCUCAUUUUUUGUUUUCGUUCUUAAUCAUCUCUCUAACCUGGCUUUGCGAAAAUCAUCACUAGUAUCGUACUGAGUUCGGGCAAAAUUUUGAUACUUGAUAAUUGAAUACAAAGGACACGUAUUUGCACUUGCAA